CCCGUUGGAUAGCCCUGGCCCUCGGCAGUCAUGAAUCGAGAAGAGCACUACUAUUCUCCCGCGCAGCUGUUCAAGAACUCCUGCGCCUACCAGAGUCCACACAGCGAGGACUACAGCCACAGCCCUCCGCCCUGCCUCUACAUGGCCCGGCAGGCUCAGUCCGUCUACUCCUCGCCCUCCAUCGGAGGGCUAGACCAGGCGAGUCUCCCUGACAUUGCUCCUUACAGUAUUCCCAUGCGAGAGGACCCGGGUGUGCCGCAGCUCCACCACCCCCAGGCGCCCCAGCAGACUCUCCCGCCAGGGGGUUACGAAUACCCGGGGGGGUUGGCUCUGUGUGCGGAUAGGAACAAAUAUCACCCGCCUUUCCCCUGGAUGAAAACAACCAAGUCUCACGCGCACACCUGGAAGGGACAGUGGGCAGGCCCCUACAUGGUGGAAGCGGAGGAGAACAAGCGGACAAGGACGGCCUACACGCGAGCACAGCUCCUGGAGCUGGAGAAGGAGUUCCUGUUCAACAAGUACAUCAGCAGGCCGCGGCGUGUCGAGCUGGCCCUCACCCUCAGCCUCACAGAGAGACACAUCAAGAUCUGGUUCCAGAACCGACGGAUGAAGUGGAAGAAGGAGGAGGACAAGAAGAGAGUGAGGGGGGUCGACCCUGAGCAGGACUCGUCCAUUACGUCAGGAGACUUGAAGGAUGAGGCAGGGGUGGGAGUCGGGGGGGCAGGACAUCCCACCACCACGACACCCCCCUCACCCUUAAACGCCCACUCCAUGUUAGGUUCUAGAGACUCGGCCUAGCAGGGCUGAUAUGGAUGGAUGAAAACUGGACAGACACUGAGGAAAGGGGACACUCUUA